CCUUGCAUUCACUGUGACAGAUUAGCACCUGGUGGCUAGAAUCGGAGCUAUUUUUUUUACCAGCAUAAAUUGGUUUCACAUUAGAAUAUCUACCAUGUUUCAAUGCCGUACAAUAAUUACAGCCCACACUUGACUUGAAAUGAACCCUAGAUAUAUCUUUUGACAUUGGAAAAGAAAUGCCAGUUCAAAUGGUAGCCACAAAUAGACAAGAUACUUCAUGCAUGCAUCAGAGAAUUUGUGCCUGAUAAUCUGCACAGAAUCCAGGUGAUCAGUGCAGAGCAUCACAUGUAGUUAUUGUAAAAGCCAAAGAAGGCUGUUAAGUAGGAAUUCAUUAAAAAGCUAUCACAGGGCCUAAUUUAAAUCACCAAGAAAGGUAGCAGUGGUUAGCAUACUGGACUCGCAUUCUAAAGAAUGAUAGUUCAAACCGAUAUCUGGCCAUCCACAUUUAGGUUUUCCAUGAUUUUCCUAAAUUGCUCCAGGAAAAUGUCAAUAUGGUUCCUUUAGAAGGGCACGGGUGAUUUCCUCCCUGAUCCUUGAAACAUUUCGAGUUUGUGCUCCAUCUCUAAUGAUCUAAUUAUCAGUGGGACAUUAAACUUUAACCUUCCUUCCUUCCUUUAAUUUACUUCCAGUACUGUACUUUGCUAAACAACACAGUUACAGUGUUCCACAAGUUUCUGUUCAUGAAUGAAGCACUGUCAUUCACACAGCAUUAAUGUGUUCUGCAGACAAUGCUAAUAAGGAGGCCAACCUCACAGUGUUGCUCUUCAGCAGUAGUUCUAAUAUUUGCUUCUCACUACACUAGUGAGUUUACUACAGAUUCAAAUGUAGUUGAUAACACAAUAUUUACCUAUAUUCAAUCUAAUACUUAAUUGAACUGUCACAUAUAAUUUCCUUAAUGUAUAAUGUGUAUGUGUCUGUAUUUCUGUAUCCUAGGCUGUUUCUGGUUGUGCUGGUCUGGUAUUGUUGAUGGUAGUAUGGGAAAUUGAGCUUUGUCUGUCAUCCACCGUAAAUAUUGCUCAUUUAUUCACCAGUAACAUCAUUAUGCUUGCUUAGGAUAAAACAACAAACAACUGAUAAACAACUGUAAAUAACAACAAUCACUAUAUGCUGACUGCAUCAAAGAUGCUUUUAAUAAUCUGUGGUUGUUUUGUUCGGUUAUUGUGGCGGAGUGUAUUGGAGGUGUCACCACAUCAACUACCUUUCCCUUUAUUGAAACUGGGUGCCCCCCAGUAAGCGAGGGAUAUUGCACUUUAUCUGCCUGCUGGUUCUCGAGAAAAUGGCUGGUGCAGGCAAGGAUUGCUCCUGUUCCAAGGUAGACGCUUUGGUUUCUUCUAUUGGUGCCAAAGGAUCAGCCUCCUUUGAGUGCGAUGUCAAGGAAUGAUAAGGGAGCAUCUCUUCAUCAGUGUACACAGGCCUGAGUCACUCUAUUGAGACUGCUUCCUGUUUACCAACAUUGAAAGUGUGAUUUCUCAGUACGGUACUAAAUAUGGCGAAACAAGGGGUGGUCACACGGUAUCAUCCUUGUGCCACAUGUGGGAUGUUUUUGUUAUGUUUCUAUGAACAAACACCUGCCAGUCUCCAUUUAGUACAGGAGUGGUAGGCUGAAUGGCCCUCAUUCUGAGACUGAUUUUUAUCCAAACUGUGUGCUCAGCUCCAAGACAACUAGUUGAGUGGAUGCUGGCAAGAUCAAUUCUCCUGGAACCUUCAGCUGCUUGCCUUAGACCAACUGUGCUGGUGGGCAUUGGAUGCUCUCCACUGCCAUUCUCAACUUGAGUAGAACCAGUGGCAGUGGUUCUGACCAUUGUGAUGAACUGCACGUUAGGGCCAUUUUAAGAGUACGGUAAAACUGCUUUACCAGUCCAUUGCUAGCUGGAUGGUAGCUUGCAUCAUGGAUGUGGUUGUGGCCACACAGGAGGAAAAGUUCACUGAAACGUUGGCUUUCAAAUUGUCUCCCUCGAUCCAUAGUUACAUCUUGCGGAAUGCCAAACCUGGAGAGCCAAGCCUGCAGUAAUGCUCUCCCAACCGAUUCAGUGGAUGUACAGUAUCUUGUAUCGCAAUGACCUCUGGCCACAUUGCAAAAUGAUCAAUGAUCAUCAGCAAAUAAAGUUGGUGCACAGAGUAUGGUAACAGCCAUACAUUGUCCAAAUGUGUAUGCAAAAAUCUAGCUGACGACAUCAGGAAGUAAGCAACAAGAGUGAAGACAUGACUGCUGAUCUUAUUAUGCUGGCAUGUCAGGCACAUACAUGCCCAUGCAUGACAAUCUUUCUGCACUUUCAUCCACACAACUUCAGUGGAGACAAGCUUGGCUGUCACUUGAACUCCCAGAUGUGCUAAAUUAUAUCACUGUUUUGGUAUGUAGAGUCACUGCUUUGCUUUUGCUAUGUCACACCAAAUACUGUCCAGCACAUCCAUGGCUGGCACAGAUCUGAGCUGCAAUGCAGUUCUGUUAUUUUAACACUAUCUUUGCCCAAUGAAUGGAGUUUAAACUAGCACAGUUCCAAGAGAGGCUAUCUGCAACCACAUUGUCUUUCCCUGCUAUGUGCUGCUAUGUGCUGCACAUCACUUGAGAACCGGGCAAUAUACUUGACCUGCCUGCACUGAUGUGAUGAGCUGAAAUUAGUAUCACACUGAAAAAUAGCUACCAGUGGCUUGUAGUCAAUAUAAACUGCAAAAUGUCUCCCUUCAACCAAUGGGCCGAAAUUUUUUAUUGCUAAAUGAAUAGUAAACAACUCAUGAUCAGUGGUGCUCCAUUUUUGCCAUUGUUGGCUCAUGUUCUUUGAGAAAAAGGCAAAUGGCUGUCAAAUGCCCUCAACUUUUUGUUGCAGAGCCACUCCCACCGCUGUUUGGCCCACAUCUACCAUAUAUAUCAAGGGGGCACUCAAUAUUGGUGUCCCAGCUGUGUUGCCUGUGAUAGAUGUUUCUUGAGUUUGUGGAAAGAUAUUUCAGUAUAUGGAGUCCACAGUAUCUUAAGAUUCCCUGCAGUACUCUUGCACAAUUAGCACUGUGAGUGCCUACUGGAUGGCUGCUAAGUGAGGCAGAUUGAUAUGGCUUCUGCGCGACGUUCAUGCAUGAAUAAUCCAGACUUUUCUGCUACAUCUGCGGAGAAUACACGCUUUCAGUGGACAGGAAGAACAUCACUGGAUAUGUGAAGAAGGCCUACCAGGCUUACUUUCAAGUCAAGCUGGGUGACCAAGAUAAGCCCUGGGCACCGCACACGGUCUGCAAGAAGUGCGUGGAAUACCUCCGGCGGUGGACGAAGGGCACGAAAACUUCACUGAAGUUUGGGAUUCCGAUGGUUUGGAGGGAGCCCUUUGACCAUGCAUCGGAUUGUUACUUCUGCGCCAUCAAUAUUACUGGCAUCAACCGGAAGAAUCGGCACAGCCUCCAGUACCCCGACCUUCACUGCGAAGAAAUUCCUGUACCAGCGUUCACAGAGCUUCCUAACAUCGACGAGGCCACCACUGCAGACAAGGGAGGAUAUAUAGCAGACGAGGAGUAUGAAGCACAAGAUGGUCGGCAGCUCUUUUCACAAUGUGAGCUUAAUGAUCUUGUUCGGGAUCUCAGCUUGUCGAAGACUUCAUCCGAGCUGUUGGCCUCCAGACUCAAAGAGAAAAAUCUACUUGGCGAGGACGCGCGUAUCACUUUCUUUCGUAGAAGGCAUGAGGACUACAUGGGCUACUUCUGCCAGGAGGAAGACCUAGUGUACUGCCGAGAUGUCGCCGGUCUUCUUGUUAAACUCGGGGCUCCUACAUACGAUCCGAGAGAUUGGCAACUCUUUAUUGACAGCUGCAAGCGCUCUUUGAAGUGUGUGCUCCUCCACAACGGGAACGAGUUCGCCUCAAUCCCUCUUGCUCACUCCACAACUCUCGUAGAGAAAUAUGAAGCAGUGAAGUACGUGCUCGACAAAAUACAAUAUGAGCAGCACCAAUGGAUCAUCUGCGUCGACUUCAAGAUGGUGAACUUUCUACUUGGUCAGCAGUCCGGGUUCACGAAAUACCCAUGCUUUAUAUGUAUGUGGGACAGUCGAGACAGAGCCCAGCACUAUGUAAAGAAAGUGUGGCCGCCACGAGAGCAGUUAGUACCUGGUGCGAGAAACAUCAUAAACGAACCUCUUGUUGACCGGGAGAAGAUAUUGAUCCCACCGCUACACAUGAAGCUUGGGUUAAUGAAACAGUUCACGCGUGCUCUGGACAAGGAUGGGAGGUGCUUCCACUACCUGUGCCGAGCCUUUCCGCGACUGACCAUUGAGAAGCUGAAGGCCGGCAUUUUCUAUGGGCUACAGAUACGGCAGCUCAUAAAGGACACAGAGUUCGAAAACUCCAUGAACACGUUAGAGUGCGCCGCGUGGAAAUCGUUUGUGCAGGUGGUGAACAACUUCCUGGGGAACACGAAGGCAGCAAACCACGCCAGACUCAUCAGCAGCGUGAUAGAGGCCUUUCAAAAGCUCGGGUGUUUGAUGAGUAUAAAGAUGCACUUCCUGUACUCACACAUGGAGAAGUUUCCUGAAAACCUUGGGGCGAUGAGCGACGAGCAGGGAGAAAGGUUCCAUCAGGACAUGCGCCAAAUGGAGGAUAGGUACCAGGGGAGGUGGGACGCAGUCAUGAUGGUGGACUACUGCUGGAUGCUGAAGAGAGACAACCCAGCAGCUGCUCACAAACGGGAAUCGAAGAAAUGCCGAUUCAUGCCGUGAACUCUGAACUUUUGUGUCACGU